AUGACCUCAAGCAGUACGUGGACGACACAGAGAAGGAGCUUCUGCAGGCCAUAUCCGCGAUUUCCACCAACGUCGGUUCCCUUGGCAAGCUGGUCAACGACUCUGUCGGUGGCCUCAGCAGACAAGUGGAAGCACGCAUGUCAGGACUCGAACGCACACAACGUGAACAGAAAGACGAGAUGGCACGUAUGUCGGCAAAGAUUACCCGCCUGGAAGAAAUUCUGGGGAUCAUGCAGAAGGAGGUACCACAGGCGGUGGCGGACCCCUCAGCGAACGAGUUCGAUCGACAGCCAGACCCCACAAUUCUCGUCAUCAGGUGCAAGAGUUACUCGACCAAGGAGUCCGUCGCAGAGUCCGUGGUCAAACCUAUCAUUGAGAAGAACAGUAUUCCUCGCAGUGAAGUGCUAUUUGAAGGAGACCCAGCGGGGAAGAGGUUCGUGCUCCGCAUCGAGGGUUCUCCAGCGUAUGCUGCCCGCCGAGUGGGGCAUAUUAUCGGCAGUUUCAAGAUUAGUGCGCAAGAGUGGCAACGAUUCAGUGCGAUGGACUCACAGAACACCCCGUCGGAGGUCUUCGUUUCAGUGGACAAGUCGCAGGCCCAAGUCAAGCGCGAGAUCGUCGCACAACAGCUCAAACGGGUCCUUUCUGAACUAUUUCCGCAGCAUCACUUCCACAUCAACAAGGCGAAGGGUGAGGUUAGCCUGCAAUGGAAGCCCCUGCUCCGAGGCGUUCCAGCUCAGGGCAACGAGGUCCCGACGAUCGAGUACGCCGACGCCAACUUGCUGCACUUCAACUUCAGUCGUACUGACAUCGAGGCCAAGGUGGCGCAGAUUGUGCCUCUGUUCCACCAUAAGCAGAAGAUCAAGGACCGCAAAAUCCGCUACGUCAAGUCUCUCCUGGGACCUGGUACCAUCUUGGGGAUUCAGGAGUCUCACGGGCCAGAGGCUGAAAUCAAGGACAUGCUGUUCCACAUGCGUCGCCCGUUCCAGGCGUUCUUCUCUCUCUUUCCUGUCUCUGCUCAUCCAGCUGGCGGGGUGAUUGCCAUAUUGCCUGAUUUCAACGAGACCCACGGUGCUGCGAGGCGCCCAGUAGUCACUCCGAUUGAGCUUGUCAGGGGCCGUGCGGUGAAUGUUCGAGUUUUGUUCCCAAAUGGUGUUUGGAUUUCACAUUUCAACAUUCACAAUCACGGAUUGACGUCGGCUCAGAGAAGCCUCAUCUUAGAGACUAUCGACAAGGAUUUCAGCAAGGCCUCGGAGGACCCCCUGAAAGGCUUCAUCCUCGUUGGUGGCGACUUCAAUUUCUCGGACGAGCCCCCGAAGGCGCUAGAUGACCUCUCCCUCUCCAAGCUUGGUAUUGCCCUCUCUCAGGACCCAGAGGUGAUCCCCUCCCUGGACCCCGAUAAGCACUCAUCCCAGCCCAUCCGCUCUGGAGGCCCCUGGAAGGCCACCCUCAAGAAGCUCGUCGAAAUCGACCCUGGAGACCCGACUCAUUUCUGCGCCGCACGGGGGACUCUCGGGAAACUGGAUAGGUUAUUCGUGUCUGCACCAGGAUGGUGCAUUCUUCAGAUGUGCACGGGCGCUCGAGUCCACGGGUGCCCCGAGGUGCUUGCUAAGACAAAGAUGUCCGACCACGCUGCGAUCAGCGUGAUCCUCGCACCUCGCUCGCAGACGCGCAUUAUGUUGUCGCACCCCUUCGGCCGCAAGUUUAUCAGCCUAGAUGUUAUGCAGCAGAGCGUGAGCAUCACUGACCCGAUCAGGUUUCACGCUGAGGCGAACGAGGCCAACCUGGCAAUGUUCCACUCGGCCCAAGCAGAAGCCAGACAGCGACUUCAAAGUGAUCCUCCGUCCUUCGAGCGGGCCAAACUGGCCAAGCGCAUCAAAAGCCUUCAGGUCCGGGCCCGUCUUUGGUUUCCAUUCGACAGAAAGCUCCCGUUGCAGGGCCUCAGGACGGCCCAGGACACGGUCACCUCGAAGCCGAACGAGAUUUUGUCAGGUCUGGCUCAGCAUUGGGGUCCAGUUUUUGCGGAGGCGAAGAUCGACAAGCCUGCCGCCUUCCAGUGCGCACAGAGAUUCAAGCCAAGCAUCGACCUCUCAGGGCUGCCGCCACCAUUGGAAGCUAGUAUAGUUCGUUUCCUGGACAGAGUUUCGCCGAGCGCCCCUGGACCAGAUGGCCUCCCUUACUGGGCCUGGAAAUUCCACCCCAUGGGCCCGAGGGUUUUGAGCAGUACGUUGGACUGGAACCUGGCCGGCAACCCCCCCCUCUUCGGUUUCAACCAGAUGCUUGGCGCUUUCUUGGUCAAGGGCUCCGAGCCCGAG